AUAUCAUUGUUUCACCCAUCUGGUAACACCGCAAGUCGUAUUGUGCAAAAAGGAAAUUUAAUUUAGCCAAAACAAAAGCCCAAUAAGGAACAUGGCCCACGACCGCGAGGUGCUGCGAAUGAUCUGGGAGGGUCAGAUAGGCAUAUGCUUCCAGGCGGAUCGAGACGAGAUCGUGGGCAUCAAACCGGAGCCUUUCUAUCUGAUGAUAUCGCGACUCAGCUACUUGCCUUUGGUGACCGACAAGGUUCGCAAGUACUUCUCACGCUAUAUAAGCGCCGAACACCAGGACGGAGCUGUGUGGUUCGACUUCAAUGGAACGCCCCUGCGCCUUCACUAUCCAAUUGGUGUCCUAUACGAUCUGCUGCAUCCGGAGGAGGACAGCACGCCCUGGUGCCUCACCAUUCACUUCUCCAAGUUCCCCGAGGACACGCUCGUCAAGCUCAACUCCAAGGAGCUGCUGGAAUCGCACUACAUGUCCUGCCUGAAGGAGGCAGAUGUGCUUAAGCACCGCGGCCUGGUCAUAUCCGCUAUGCAGAAGAAGGACCACAAUCAGCUGUGGCUGGGAUUGGUCAACGAAAAGUUCGAUCAGUUCUGGGCCGUCAAUCGGAGGCUAAUGGAACCGUAUGGCGAUCUGGAGUCCUUCAAAAACAUUCCCCUGCGAAUCUACACAGACGAUGACUUCACGUACACCCAGAAACUGAUUUCGCCGAUCAGCGUGGGCGGACAAAAGAAGAGUUUGGCCGAUUUAAUGGCCGAAUUAUCGACACCUGUGCGCAAAGCGGUUGGAUGUCGCACCCACGGCAUCGAUCUUCACGAGGAGACCCAACUCCAAUGGAUGUCCGAGCAUCUGAGCUAUCCCGACAACUUUUUGCAUUUAUCGGUGGACUACAAGGAUGUUUAGCCUUAUCCCUAUAUGUAUAUAGCCCUAUGUUUUGCCCAGUUCGCGUGCGUGUAUAUUUAUGCUUGUGUUCGUGUCCAUGUGUGCUUGUGAGUGUGCGUGCAGUUCUAUUUUUCGAUUCCAGCAAAUCCCAGGGCGAUCCUCUGCGAUCGAUUUACAUACGACUUACAUACAUAUAUACGGAUCCAUGUAUAUAUCCAAAAAUACGUAUAGUUAAGCUAAUCUGUAUGUUAUAUUUAUGAUAUAUGCCAGCAUUUAAAAGAAGCGAGCAGCGCAAACCAAACGAUUACUGAAACUACCCACUAACUAAUAAUACCAACAUACAGUUAAACUUAACUUUUUUUUUAUUUCGGAGCCUAAUCUGCCAAUUUCAGUUGCGGCAAACUUUAUUGAAAUUAAAGCACAGUUUUAUUACGUUUAUGUAAUUAUUUGAUACACUAAAACAACAUCACGCCACACUAAUGAUUAAUGGAAGCUAUUUUAUAUCGACCCAAUCAAAAAUAUAUAUAUAUA